CACUGUGUGCGGCGGUUCACUUCCAACAGACCUGAGGGGCUGAACAGCAUCCGCCAAUCUGACUCUAUGGGCAUAAACUUUCUAUUCGUUUUGAUCUGGCCAUUUCACAAGUCCACCGACGCUACGUCUUUAAAAGCAUAGGACUUUGUAGUCCCCUGAUAAGGAACAUAUUUGAAUCUGUUGUUGAUUUUCUAAAAAUGUCUAUAUUACCUUUCACGCCACCGAUUGUGAAGAGACUGUUGGGUUGGAAGAAGGGUGAGCAGAACGGACAGGAGGAGAAAUGGUGUGAAAAAGCAGUGAAGAGUCUGGUGAAGAAGUUAAAGAAGACAGGACAGUUGGAGGAGUUGGAGAAGGCCAUCACCACCCAGAAUAUCAACACCAAAUGCAUCACUAUACCGAGGUCUCUGGAUGGCCGUCUGCAAGUGUCUCACAGAAAAGGCCUUCCCCAUGUGAUCUACUGCCGGCUGUGGCGCUGGCCUGACCUGCAGUCCCACCACGAGUUGCGUGCUGUAGACUUGUGUGAGUUUGCUUUCCAUAUGAAGAAGGACGAGGUGUGUGUGAACCCUUACCACUACCAGCGUGUAGAGACACCAGUUUUGCCUCCAGUCCUGGUUCCUCGGCAUGCUGACAUCCCCACAGACUUCCCUCCACUGGAUGAUUUUAUCCCUGAGAACACCAUAUUCCCAGCGGGCAUUGAGCCUCCGAGCAACUAUAUACCGGAGACCCCUCCUCCAGGCUACCUGAGUGAGGAUGGGGAAACCAGCGACCAGCAAAUGAACCAUAGCAUGGACACAGGCUCCCCAAACCUUUCACCCAACCCUGUCUCUCCUGCCAACAGCAACCUAGAUCUGCAGCCGGUAACAUAUUGUGAAUCCGCAUUUUGGUGCUCGAUUUCCUACUACGAGCUGAAUCAGCGUGUGGGUGAGACUUUCCACGCCUCGCAACCGUCUCUGACCGUAGAUGGCUUUACGGACCCCUCUAACGCAGAGCGCUUCUGUCUGGGCCUGCUGUCCAACGUCAACCGCAAUGCAGCCGUGGAACUGACGCGCAGACACAUCGGCCGAGGUGUGCGGUUGUAUUACAUCGGCGGUGAGGUGUUUGCUGAGUGUCUGAGCGACAGUGCUAUUUUCGUCCAGAGUCCGAACUGUAACCAGCGGUAUGGCUGGCACCCUGCCACAGUAUGUAAGAUUCCUCCAGGCUGUAAUCUGAAGAUCUUCAAUAAUCAGGAGUUUGCAGCUCUGUUGGCCCAAUCAGUGAAUCAGGGAUUUGAGGCUGUUUACCAGCUGACCCGCAUGUGCACCAUUCGCAUGAGUUUCGUCAAAGGCUGGGGGGCAGAAUACCGGCGGCAGACAGUGACCAGCACCCCCUGCUGGAUAGAGCUGCAUCUCAACGGCCCCCUGCAGUGGCUGGACAAAGUGCUCACUCAGAUGGGCUCUCCGAACCUCCGCUGCUCCAGCGUGUCAUAGGACAAACCCUCAGCCCGUUUCAUGUAACUUUACCUUUCUAAUGACAUCUUCUGUUGCUGCUGAAUGCCAAGCAAACAAACAGAGCGAAACCGAGGACGGGGGAAACAAACACCUGCUGGACUCCUCAGACUGUCACUUGAUCAUUUACAGAUCCUAAGAUUUUGCUGUGGGCAAAAAUAGACACGUACAGUUGAAGCACUUUGAACAAUGACACGCAAGGAGCAUGGAUCAUAUUUCCUCAGUGUUUAAAAUGAGGCAUUUUCCUCAUUGUGAAUUUAAAUGUGAAAAUGAAAUCAUGAUUUUGUCCGUUUUUGUUUUGAUCAAGAAGUGUAUCAUGCAUUUAAUUUGAUCUGAAGGUAUUCGAAUCUUGGGCUCAGAAUAUGAUUGCUCAAAAUCAUAAACAUCCUCAUAGGGGGCCUCAAAGAGUGCUUUGUUUCCACCACCUUCAGUGAAGGGGUCUUGUGUGAAGUUUUACAGUAUACUAGUGCUUCGGAAAGCUGUUUGUGUGUAAGUAAAUUGCACUGCGCUGGACAGGUCUCUAAAUAAAAUGUUGAUUGCCUUUGGUCUCAUAUGCACGGUCGACCAGGUUUGUAUACAGGAACUGAGUGUGUAGAGUUGUAACAGAGUUACUUAGCCUUGAUUAUGAAAAGCACUUGUUUUGAAAAGCACCCAGUGAUGGCGUGGACAAGAAAAUAGCAUUGGAAAUUUGUCAGUGACAAAUGCUAGUAGCUAAUAGUGCCAUUUUAUUUCUUGAACUUGAUGGUUACAGUUUGACUUAUGCUCAGCAAAUACAUUUUUUAUUAAGUAUUUUUGCAUUAAAAACUGAAUGGAGAUUGCGAAAAUGUAUAUUUUUACUGCUGCCAUAGGGUAUUGCAAUUAAGAAACUUGUCACGUUACACACAGAUAUAAAAAGAUGGUCACAUUAGCAAAAUUUCACUGAUUUUUAGUCUGUUGUCAGCAAUGUUGUGAUUAUAUUUAGCAUCAGAUUUUCUCAUGAUUGCAGAGCCUCCUAUCGAAAUGACUGGAUUCUGCCUGUGAAGAUUCACAACCAUUAGUCUUUACUUUUUUCUUUUCAGCAAUCGCCUGAUUUCAUUGUCCUUUCAUUGAUUCUGUUCUGUGUAUGAUUGGCGCAUCAAAGGCAUGUCUGAAACUCAGGACUGUCAAUCCAUUGAGCUCAAAACUUGUUUAACAACUAACAGCAUUUCAUGUCUUUACAUAGUACACUGUUUUACUGUCAGUGAUUUCUGAGUGGGUAAAAAAUUGCCGCUAUUUAGAGUUUUUAUUUUUCACUGAAAAAUAGAAGGCAGGUACUUGCUGACAGCUCUUGGAACGCAUGUAUUUACAUGUAAAAAUUGAUUUCACAAGAGAAUAGUGUAAAUGGUUAGAUUUUUAUGUGGACACUUUGCUCAUCAGGUUAUUCCAAUCCCUUGAUUUGUUUAGUACUGACAUUCAACAACUAACUCAAUGCAUGGUCUGGCUUUUAACAGCAUAUACAUCAGCAGUCCAAAAGCAUGUUUCAUAUUUUGUUGGAAGAUGUCUGGUCUCAAGGAAUAAGCUCUGAAUCACUGAUCGUGAAAAUCCUGACAAUCUCGGUUUGAUUUUUAUUGAAAAACUGAUGCUUGUGUUCAAUUCCCCCAAGUUAUUUUUUUUGCUAUUAAUCUUGUCGGCUCUUCAUCUGUGACUCAAAAGGCCAAAGCACACAUUGGACUGUUGAUAUUAUUCAGAUUUUGCUGGAAUAUUGCUUAUAACCUGUUUAUUUUCUUGCACUCUUGAUUUGGAAGCAAAUACAAUAUUCUUUGUCUUACAGUGUCAGUAAUUUCAUUCAUAUUAUGAAACUGCUGCUUAGUUCUUGGUUCCCCUGAAUUUCCUUUUUGCUUUUCUGUAACGUUACACUCAUGUUUACUUCUCUUGCAUUCACUGUCAUAUUGACUUAUGUAAGUUUUAAUAAUAAAAGGUUUAAGAGCAA